AUGGCUGAAUCUGUAAUUCCAAGUGAUCCAUUGACCAAUCCUAUUUCUUUAAAUAGAGAAGAAAUUAAUCGGUCAGUACCAACAAUGCCAACAACAGAUACACCAUUACAAACACUAACAACUACAUCAGCACCAACACAGAUAACAACUAUUACAAGUCAACUAGUCACUGAAGAAAAUGGUAGUAAUGAAAUUGUUAUUACAAAAAAAAGGAAGAAGACUUCACCAAUUUGGGACGAUUUUGAUCAAGUUGAAAGUUCUGAAGGUACAAAAGCUAUUUGCAAGUAUUGCAAAUCUGUGUUUUCUUAUGCUGGAAAAGGAGCUAGUACUUCACAUUUAUGGAUGCAUUCUAGUAGUUGCUUACAAAGGAGAUUGCAUGUUGCUGCACAAAAGAAGCAACCAUUGAUUCCAUUUCAACCUUCCAAUUUAAGUAUUAAUCCCUUUGUGACACCAGGUGCAAGAUAUUCCCAAGACAAGAUGAGACAAAUAAUUGCUACAGCAAUUAUGGUUCAUGAGCAUUCUUUUAGCAUUAUUGAGGAUGAAGUUUGGAUGUGGGGCUUCCAAUACGCUAAUUCUGAAUUUCAUAAAAUUUCUCGCAAAACUGCUCGAAGUGAUUGUUUGGCGAUAUAUGAGGUAGAAAAGAAACAAUUGAAGACUUUGUUACAAGGGUGGAAUCUUCAAAAAAGGGUUUUGAGUUUUGUUCAGGUACCUACUCCUAGACAUGGCAUCGAUGUUGCAGAUGCUAUUUUCAAGGCUCUUAAGGAUACUAUUUCAGAUAACAACUCAUUACCUAUUGGUGGUAGUUUGUUUCAUGUUAGGUGCUAUGCACACAUUCUGAAUUUGUUGGUACAAGAUGGGCUAGGUAAAAUUAAAGGUAUUAUUCACAAAGUUCGUGAGAGUGUCAAGUAUGUCAAUUUUAAUGAUUCAAGAUUUAAAACAUUUGUUGAGAUUGCUGAGAACAAGUGUUUGAAGGAGAAAAAACUCAUCAUUGAUUGUCCCACAAGAUGGAAUUCUACUUACAACAUGUUAUCUGUGGCUUUGAAGUUUAAAUCUGUGUUUCUUGUGUAUAAGGAAAGAGAACCCCACUACAGUUAUGAACCAUCAUCAGAGGAUUGGAGGAAAGUUGAGAAGAUUUGUAAACUUUUAAAAGUUUUUAAUCUUGCUACUCAUGUCAUUUCUGGUAGUGAGUAUCCUACUGUAAAUUUGUACCUUCCUGAUGUUUGGAGAGUAAAACAAGUAAUUGAUGAAGCUAUUGAAGAUAGAGAUUCCUUCAUGAGAGAAACGGCAACCUCAAUGAAAGAAAAGUUUGACAAAUAUUGGGGAGAAUGCAAUAUGCAUGUGGCUGCUGAAAAUGUUGAAAAAGUGAAGAAUACAUUACAAGAAAUGUAUGAUGAAUAUGCUGAAGAGUGUCAUGGUGAUACAAUAAUAAGUGGAAUUAAUACUAAUGGUCUAGUUACUUCUUCUAAUGUGGUUAGUUCUGAAAUUAGUGGAAUUGAUGAAAUGUUGAAUAUGGUUCAGAAAAAAGAAGCCAUUCAUCCAACAAAAUCAGAAUUAGAAGUUUAUCUUGGUGAGAGUGCUUACAUUCCUGAAGGCAAUUCUAAGUCUUUUAGUGCUUUGGAGUGGUGGAAAAACAAUAGCCUGAAGUUCAAGAUUUUAUCUAAAAUGGCAGCGGACAUAUUAGCAAUUCCUGUCUCAACGGUGGCUUCAGAGUCUUCAUUUAGUGCUGGAGGAAGAGUUAUUGAUGAAUAUCGUUCUCGACUAAAUCAAGAAUCCAUUGAAGCUCUCAUUUGUGGAGGAGAUUGGCUUCGAAACAAGUAUGGUUUGAAGAAAAAACUAAAGAAAAUAUUUUCUCUUUUUAAAUGCGAGAACAUUGAUAUUGGUAUGAUGCCUAUUGACAGGCUUCAGGCCAGGCCAGAUUUAACAACAGGCCAGGCUCAGUACUCAUUAAAAAGCCUAUACUAG